CGCGCGGUGAGUGGGCGGAGCGUUUGGCGGCCCAGUCUCGCGAGGUUUAGGUGCGCGCCCGUGGCGCUGUCCUCGCGCAGACAGGCAGUCAGGUCUCUGUGUGGUGGUGAGAGGGAGAGAAGCGGCGCGGGUACUCGGUAUGAGUUGACGAGCCGAGCAGCCGCCGCGAGAAUGGAAAUUUGCUUUUGUUCUCGUUUUACUCGGCACCCCAGAUGUUGAUCCCAGCGCUGGUAAACAUCGCUAAUAAUGUUAAAUAUAGAAGAGGUCGACUCGUUUCAACUGGGAGCCGCACCAUCUGCACGUCUGAAUCCCAGUAACAGCAAGUUAACCUUUCCACCGAGCCUUGGAUAAAAUUGGCUGGUUGUCGGUUACUUUUGUUUUUCGAUCACGCUUCUCGUUGGAGAUUGUUUUGCAGAAAAGAAAAAUGAAAUUUCCAUUUUAUUGGUUUGCCACAGACCAAAGCAGAUAAUUUACUUUACGAGGUUGCAGAUCCCAAACCUUUUCGGGCAUGGCUACUUACCCGACAUGAUUGGUUAGCAGUCGCCCAUAGACUCAUGAGUGGGUAUACCAUGCUGCGGAAUGGGGGAUUGGGGAACGGAGGUCAGCCUUGGAUGCUACGUUGGUCCAGCAGGAUCCGUCUGUCAUGGCUCAGUUUUACGUUGUUCAUUAUACUGGUCUUCUUCCCCCUGAUUGCCCACUAUUACCUCACCACUAUCGACGAUGCCGAUGACGCGGGUAAGAGAAUCUUUGGCCCGAGAGCAGGGAAUGAGCUCUGUGAAGUGAAACAUGUUCAGGAUCUUUGCCGGAUCCGUGAAUCCGUCAGCGAGGAGCUUCUUCAGCUGGAGGCCAAGCGCCAGGAGCUCAACAGCGAGAUCGCAAAAUUAAACCUAAAAAUCGAAGCGUGCAAGAAAAGCAUCGAAAAUGCGAAACAAGACCUCCUUCAACUUAAGAAUGUCAUCAGCCAGACUGAGCAUUCGUAUAAAGAACUCAUGGCACAGAACCAGCCAAAGCUUUCAUUGCCAAUUCGGCUUUUGCCAGACAAGGACGAAACCAACGUACCAUUGCCAAAGUCCAGGAGAAACUGCAGGUUGCACAAUUGCUUUGACUAUUCUCGCUGCCCGCUUACAUCUAGCUUUCCCGUUUUCGUUUACAACAGCGACAAAUACCCGUUCGGGAACUACGUGGACCCUUUAAUCAGACAAGCCCUAGAGGCAAGCGUCAGAACUAAUGUAUAUGUGACCGAAAAUGCAAAUAUUGCUUGUAUAUAUGUGGUUUUACUGGGGGAAAUGCAGGAGACGUUGAUGCCAAAACCUAAUGAAUUGGAACAGCAGUUGCACUCUUUGCCAUAUUGGAGAACGGAUGGCCACAACCAUCUGAUCAUUAAUUUGUCCAGGAAGUCGGAAACCCAGAAUUAUCUGUAUAACGUCAGCACGGGACGUGCCAUGGUUGCCCAAUCCACGUUUUAUGAUUCGCAGUAUCGCCCGGGCUUCGAUAUUGUGGUUUCGCCGUUGGUCCACGCGAUGUCCGAACCCAACUUCCUGGAGAUACCCUCCCAGGUGCCGGUGAAAAGGAAGUACCUCUUCAGCUUUCAAGGAGAGAAAAUCGAGUCUCUUCGAUCCAGCUUGCAGGAGGCCCGGUCGUUUGAGGAGGAAAUGGAAGGGAAUGCCCCAGCGGACUACGAUGACCGCAUCAUUACCACUCUUAAGGCUGUCCAGGACAGCAAAUUGGAUUUUGUCAUGGUUGAGUUUACUUGUAAAAACCAAGCUAAGGCAAGUUUGCCCACUGAGUGGGCUCUGUGUGGGGAGCGGGAUGAUAGGCUUGAGCUACUGAAACAAUCCACUUUUGCACUGAUUAUCACGCCGGGUGAUUCAUACCUCGUUAUAUCUGCUGGCAGCGCCAUGCGGCUUUUUGAAGCUCUUGAGGUUGGCGCCAUACCAGUCAUUCUAGGUGAGCAAGUCAAGCUGCCGUAUCACGAUAUGAUCAGGUGGAACGAGGCGGUGUUCAUAAUACCAAAACCACGUAUCACGGAAGUACAUUUUCUCUUAAGAAGCAUUUCUGACAAUGACCUUCUUUCCAUGAGGAGACAAGGGCGCUUCUUGUGGGAGACGUACUUCUCUACAUCUGACACGGUGUUCAAUACCAUCUUGGCCACCGUAAGGACUCGUAUCCAAAUUCCUGCUGCCCCCAUCAAAGAGGAACCGGCAGUGGAGAUACCUCAUCGAACCGGUAAAGUGGCAGGUACCGAUCCAAAUAUGGCCGACAACGGAGACUUGGAUUUGGGUCCAGUGGAGACAGAACCACCAUAUGCAUCUCCAAAAUAUCUCCGUAACUUCACGCUAACUGCAACCGAUAUCUAUAGAAACUGGAAUACAGCUCCGGGGCCCUUCCAUUUGUUCCCUCACACACCCUUCGACCCUCUCUUACCCUCCGAAGCAAAAUUUCUAGGCUCCGGCACUGGAUUUCGACCAAUCGGUGGAGGUGCUGGAGGCUCCGGCAAAGAAUUCCAAGCUGCCCUUGGCGGGAACGUUCCCAGAGAACAGUUCACUGUGGUUAUGUUAACCUACGAGCGGGAAGAAGUACUCAUGAACUCGUUGGAAAGGCUAAGUGGUCUCCCGUACUUGAAUAAAGUUGUGGUUGUGUGGAACUCCCCAAAGCUGCCGUCAGAAGAUCUUCUAUGGCCCGACAUCGGUGUCCCUAUAGUGGUUGUUCGCACAGAAAAGAACAGUUUAAACAACCGCUUCCUGCCCUGGAACGAGAUAGAAACAGAAGCCGUUCUUUCUAUAGACGACGAUGCCCACCUCCGCCACGACGAAAUCAUGUUCGGCUUCCGGGUCUGGCGAGAGGCAAGAGACCGAAUCGUUGGGUUUCCCGGCAGGUACCACGCGUGGGACAUCCCUCAUCAGUCCUGGCUAUACAACUCCAACUAUUCCUGUGAGCUGUCCAUGGUACUAACCGGCGCUGCUUUCUUUCACAAGUACUACGCCUACUUGUAUUCCUAUGUGAUGCCGCAAGCAAUCCGGGAUAUGGUGGAUGAGUACAUCAACUGUGAGGACAUCGCCAUGAACUUCCUGGUCUCGCACAUCACCAGAAAGCCCCCCAUUAAGGUCACCUCUCGAUGGACGUUCCGCUGUCCGGGUUGCCCGCAAGCGCUGUCUCACGACGACUCCCACUUCCACGAGCGGCACAAAUGCAUCAACUUCUUCGUAAAGGUCUACGGAUACAUGCCUUUACUGUACACGCAAUUCCGAGUAGACUCGGUCCUCUUUAAGACUCGGCUUCCCCACGACAAGACAAAAUGUUUCAAGUUCAUCUGACGCUGUUCAGUUGGAAGCCAUACAGAGAUGUUUUUUGUUUUUUUAUGGCCUUUCCUGGAUGUCCUCUCAAGUGUUCUCUCUCCAGUCUUAAACACUAAAUAAAACUUUAAACUGUUGAAGAAUUAUAACACUAGAACAUCUUAGUAUAUUAUGUACGCUGAUGAAACGGAAGACAUCGGUCAAAUUUUUUUUGUAUAUUGGACAACAAAAAUCAAUUUUAUUAUAAUUUUUUUUUAAAUUUGCAACGCGAAACUUUAAAUCUGCUUGGUGGAACGUCUCUUCUUUUGGGUAACUGUAGGUACUCUGUUCGGAAAGCUGUGUGCAUGCGGUGUUAAGGUCCUUAGAAGCGAAACCCAAACCCGCAGGACGCUGCGUCAACCUCCUAAUCUAGAUGACUUAGAAGAUAGAUCUUUCUCCUGAGCUUCGUGGAAGAAUAACACGUAAUGUCGACUAACCUGGUUCAGCACAUAUGUUAUGUGUGAUUUUCGUACCGCCUGCUGAAGAAGGAAGCAUUCACUGUAUGUUACUUUUUUUUUUUUUUUGUCUCCGGCACGAGAGCGAAUGUCGGGGGAAUUCUCCGGUACCGUUGCAACGCACAAAAACUGCCAUUUUAGCUACAAAAUUCUUGUUCGAUGUCUUUGUCCGGUUUCUUACCCGGUAGUUUAUUCUCCCAAAUUAAUUGUGACACAAAUUCUUUUUUUUUUUUUUUUUUUUUUUAAAAAAAAAGCACAGAAUCACAGAAAAUUAUUUGUACCUUUAAUAAAUUGUUGAACAGGUCAA